GCUGCCCCGCGCGCCCUCCUGCUCCCGCUGCUCCUGCUGCUGCCGCCGCCGCUGGCCCGUGCCCGGCCGCUGGACACCCACCACCACCCCCACCACCACCAUCUUGUGAGUAAGGGGCAGCAAGCCUGGCAUGCCGAUCUGUCUAGUAGCCUGACAUCUGCUUCUGCUGUUCAGGAGGCCCCCCGGCCUGCUGGUGGCCCCAGACUUCCACGCUGUGGUGUGCCUGACCCACCUGAUGGGCCGAGUGCACGCAACCGGCAGAAGCGCUUUGUGCUGUCUGGAGGGCGCUGGGAGAAGACAGACCUCACCUACAGAAUUCUCCGGUUCCCAUGGCAGCUGGUGCGGGAGCAGGUACGGAAGACGGUGGCGGAGGCCCUACAGGUAUGGAGCAAGGUGACACCACUCACCUUCACCGAGGUGCAUGAGGGCCGUGCUGACAUCAUGAUCGACUUCACCAGGUACUGGCAUGGGGACAACCUGCCUUUUGAUGGGCCUGGGGGCAUCCUAGCCCAUGCCUUCUUCCCCAAGACCCACCGAGAAGGGGACGUCCACUUCGACUAUGAUGAGACCUGGACUAUUGGGGACAACCAGGGCACAGACUUGCUUCAGGUGGCAGCUCAUGAAUUUGGCCAUGUACUGGGGCUGCAACAUACAACAGCAGCUAAGGCCCUUAUGUCCCCUUUCUACACCUUCCGUUACCCAUUGAGCCUCAGCCCAGAUGACCGCAGGGGCAUCCAACACCUGUAUGGUCGGCCAUGGCUGGCCCCCACCUCCCACGCACCAGUCCUGGGACCCCAAGGAGGAGUAGACACCAAUGAGAUUGCACCACUGGAGCCGGAAACUCCACCAGAUGCCUGUGAAGCCUCCUUUGAUGCUGUCUCCACCAUCCGAGGCGAGCUCUUCUUCUUCAAAGCGGGCUUUGUGUGGAGGCUGCGUGGUGGCCGGUUACAGCCUGGGUACCCUGCACUGGCCUCUCGCCAUUGGCAGGGCCUGCCCAGUUUUGUGGAUGCAGCCUUUGAAGAUGCCCAGGGCCAUAUUUGGUUUUUCCAAGGUACCCAGUACUGGGUGUACGAUGGAGAGAAACCAGUCCUGGGGCCUGCACCCCUCUCUGAGCUGGGCCUGGUAGAGUCUCCAGUCCAUGCUGCCUUGGUCUGGGGUUCUGAGAAGAACAAGAUCUACUUCUUCCGAGGCGGGGACUAUUGGCGUUUCCACCCCAGCACACGACGUGUGGACAGUCCUGUGCCCCGCCGGGCCACUGACUGGCGAGGGGUGCCCCCAGAGAUUGAUGCGGCCUUCCAGGAUGCCGACGGCUAUGCCUAUUUCCUGCGUGGCCACCUCUACUGGAAGUUUGACCCUGUGAAGGUGAAGGUUCUGGAGGGUUUCCCCCGUCUUGUGGGCCCUGACUUCUUUGGCUGUGCUGAACCUGCCAAUACUUUCCACUGACAACAGCUUGGAUGCCUUCGGGGACUGACCCAUGUCCAGCCACUUAUAUCAGGAUAGAGACCCACAGCAACCUUUGUGGCUCUGGAAUCAGGCAUGUCUCCUCUGGGGUGGGGGGAGGGGGGGUACAAUCACCAUGACAACUGCAGGGAGGGCCACGCUGGUCGUGGUCACCUGCCAGCAAGUGUCUCAACUUGGGCAGGGAAGGGAGGCUAUGGCCCUACUUAGAGGAGGGUGGUCUUGGGCCAGCUAUAACCACCUCUGCAGGUCAUGGCCAAACCUGGGUCUCCCAUCACUGUGCCUCAGGGUAGGACCUCAGCAGAGAUGGGGAACUAUAAUGUCCUCACUCUAUCCCUGCUUUGAGGUUCCUUUUGGGUACUGGUGCUAGAGCUGGGGUACCAGGGUCCCCAUGACCUUCUGCUCUGGCCAAGCACCUGGGCCUCCAAGAAGGGUUCUUUCCUGAGAAGUCAACUCCCGGUAGAUGCUUGGGAUUGGGCUACCUUCUGCCUGGUGAUCCUAGAGAUCACUUCCCCAGGGUUCAGGCUAAAAUGUCCACAGCCAGCAGGGUUGGGGGCUGCUCUUCCCUGGAGAUCCUGAGGCCUGGAGGCCUCAACAUACCUCAGGCUUGUCCAGCCCAUUUCCUCUUGAAGCCCUCAUUCUAGCACUGGUAUCCUCCAAAGCAAUGUAAAUGUGUGUACAGUGUACAAAACAAAGCCUUUUUUUUUUUUUUUAACUGAGGACUAUCAUUAAACACAAU